UACAACAAACGCUCUCUCUCUCUCUCUCUCUCUCUCUUCCCCCACAACGUUUCGUUUUCUCUGUGAAGUGAAAGCUCUGAGUGGAUUUGAAAGAAGAAAAAUGGCGGCAGAGGUGGGUAUCCAACCAACACCAAAGAAGCAAGCACCGCCGGCGGACAAUCGUCAAAGAAAAUCGUCACUGUACGUGGGAGACCUGGACCCACAAGUGACGGAAGCAGACCUCAUGGAUACGUUUCGUUACAUUGGUCCCAUUGCCUCCGUCCAUCUCUGCCGUGACUCUCUCUCCGGCAACUCCCUUCGCCAUGCCUACGUCAACUUCUUCUCUUUCUCUCAUGCAUCUAAGGCUCUAGCUCUCCUGAAUCAUACGGAACUGAAGGGAAAACCCAUGAGAAUAAUGUGGUCGCAAAGAGACCCAUUGACAAGAAAUACGGGAAUUGGAAUUCUGUUCGUGAAGAACCUUGACCCUUCAAUCACCAGUGGCCAAUUGCGCUACAUGUUCUGCAACUAUGGGACCGUAUUGUCUUGCAAGGUAGCCGAAGAAAAUGGCAACAGCAAGGGUUUUGGUUUUGUCCAGUUUAAGUCAGAGGAAUCUGCUUUGGCUGCUCGUAAUGCUCUACAUGAUACGCUGGUUAUGGGGAAGAAGAUUUAUGUGUCAAAAUUUGUAAGGAAGAGCAAGAGAAUAGUAGCUCAUGAAGAACCAAGCUUUACAAACCUGUAUGUGAAAAAUCUACCUGAAGAUGUGAGUGAGGAUUUCCUUCGAGACAAGUUCUCUAGGUUUGGAAAGAUUUCUAGCAUUGUCAUCAUGAAAAAUGACCAGGGAAAAUCAAGAGGUUUCGGGUUUGUAAGCUUUGACUCACCAGGAGCGGCUAUGAAGGCUAUUGAGGUCUUGAAUGGUUCACUGCAAGGACCAAGCCGUUUAUUUGUAGCAAGGGCUCAUAAGAAAGCUGGGAGGGUAGAGCUUUUAAAGCACCAGCAGAAGGAGAUUUUCAACUGCCACAUUGAGAAGCUGAAGGCUUCAAACAUGUAUGUGAACAACUUAGACAUUUCUGUUGAUGAAAGCAAACUGAUAGAACAUUUCAGUGUCUGUGGGAAAAUAAUCUCAGUUAGAGUGAUGCAACAUGCCAGUGGGAUCAGUAGGAGAUUUGGUUUUGUUUGCUUCUCCACUCAUGAGGAAGCAGCUAAGGCCUUGCAUACAUUUAAUGGAUCUGUUUUAGAAGGAAGGUCUCUACAUGUGGCCUUUGCUCAGAGCAAAGUAGAUCGCAACAGGGAACUAAGAAAUUACAGUCAACUAUCCCACAGAGAUUUGCAUCCUACUGCUUUCCAUCCAACCCAUCCUGUCCACUUCAACCUCACUCCUUACUCUUCUUCCUACUUUCUUCCAGACUCGCCAUUGAUGUAUCAAUGUUUUGGUACAAAUAUUGGCAUGCUGUAUCCAUAUUUUCAGAAUUAUCAGAAUCACCUCUCCACAAAUGAUUUAAUGAGACAAACACGGCAGGGUAAUACUUGGAAUCACAGUUUCCAACGGAAUUGCAUCAAGAAGAAUGGUUUUACUCCAUAUAUGAAGUGCAAUUAUGGUGGUUGUAGAAUUAGCAUUGCCAAAAGUGAAAAUAAGCAGGGUGAACUUAAAGAACUGUCAGGAGCAGUACUUGCUCCUACUUAAAGCAGGAAUUUUCUAAGCCCCCAUUCUGAUGAUCUUGAUUCUUCCUUGGUAUAUGGCGAAGAUGAGAAGAACUCUGUCAAGUCUACAUUACUCACGUAAUUCGUCACCUGCACAAAGAUGUGAUGAGUGGUGCACGCUUUGAAUGAGGCAAAUGCUAGGACCAGUGUAGAUAUGCGUCUGCAUUGCCCUCUACUUGAAUGAUAUAUUUCUUUGUGAUAUGCUUUAAUUUUUUGUUAAAGCUUCUAAUAUACUUUGCAAAAAUGUGGAAAAUACAAUACUAUGUAUAAAUCUAUGAUAAGACCACACCACUAGAUGUUUUAAGAUUUUGUCUUCUUCUUCUUUUGCUUUUUAUUGGAUGUAGCCAGUUGCUCUGCUAGCCUUUUUUUUUUUUUCCUCAGACAGUUUGCUUUUAUUUGGUUGAAUGUGGAAGCUCUUAACAUACAAGAUUUGAAGCCUCAAAACUUCUUAUGGCUUUUCCCUUAAGUUCCAUAAUCAAACUCAUC